CUUCAUUUCAGAUUUAAACUUUUAUGUGGAUAAGUCGAAAUUCAAGAAUGUGAUAUUACAAUACCCACUCAAAGUAUGUGCAAUUAUUGAAAGAUAGAUAUCUGUAUUGUGAUAGUAACUUGUUGCUCAAUUGGUUGUUGCAAAUUGGGACAGAGAAUUUAUUUUUGUUUUCUAUUUUGAACUACAUACAAUACUUUUUGAUUGAAGUGGAAUUGUAAGGUGCAAAUAAUUGAUCUUGACAAUGGAGAAAACCCAGACUCUCUAUCUUGAUACGCCUGCGGCUUCCAUUGCUCUGAGCCCUGAUGAGAAUUUGUUGGCUGUUGUUGGCAUUCACUUGUUUAAAAUAUACACAGUCCAUGAUGAUGGGCAUCUAGAAGACUUCAUCAAUAUUCGAUCAACCAAAGCAGCAAAUCUGAAUUACUCAUCCAGUGAUGUUGAGUUUUGUCCAACUGAUAACAAAGUUCUGGCUUCUGCAUCAACAAAUGGUUCAGUGGUUGUAUGGAACAUUACAAGCAGUGGUCGACCUAAACCAAUUCAUGUCUUCAAAGAUCACUGCAGAGCUGUCAAUAGAGUAAACUUCCACCCCACUGAUCAGCAUCUCAUUUUGUCUGGCUCACAAGACGGUCAAAUGAAAUUGUUUGACUAUCGCAGGCAAGAAAGUGUAGGAACUUUCAGCAGCAACUCUGAGAGUGUCAGGGACAUCCAAUUCAACCCACACAUACCUCACUACUUUGCUGCUGGCACUGACAGCUGCAAUGUCCAACUGUGGGACAUGAGGAGACCUGACAAGUAUGAGCGCCUCAUCACCGGUCACCGUGACCACGUGUUUGCUCUAGACUGGCAUCCUGUAGAUAGACAUUGCAUUGCCACAGCCAGCAGAGACUACACUAUCAAGAUCUGGGAUGUUAGUGAACAGUCCUUGACUGUCACUUCUGCCAUAUCCACUGUUGCUGCUGUUGCAAGGGUUAAGUGGAGACCCAAUCAUUACUACCAUCUUGCUAGCUGCUCACUCACUGUCGACAGCAGUGCCUUCAUCUGGGACGUCGAGAGACCAUUUGUGCCAAUAGCUUCAUUUGCAUAUCAUCGAGAGAGCACUUCAGCUCUACAGUGGAGAUCUAGCUCAGACUCCUUCCUCACUGUUUCAAAGGAUGGCAGGCUGUUCCACCACUGCCUUAAAGAUGCACAGUACCCCAGGCUGCGGGGCUGUCCCUUCCCCCUUGCAGUGAGUCCCCUGGGGCACAUUGCCUGUGCUGCUCCUCUCAGAGCUGCCAACCGGGACAGAGCUCUGGCAGAGCGCUCGUCAAAAAUUGAAUUGAAAAGCAACAGCAUCAGUCACAAGCGCCAGACAUCAGUGACCAGUUCGCUCAUUGGCACGUCAGCUCCAUCUUCACCUGCCUCCCCUUUUGGUCCAUCAAGUUUCAGCUCUUCUGAGAAAAUUCUGACCCCUCUUCACCCAGCCACUCCCUCCCUCCCUCCAAACCCCAAGCAUAACGAACACCUCCUCAACUUCCCUCCUCCUCACAUGGGGAUGAAGGACCUCGCCAACUUUGAGGACAUUGGCCCCAUACUCUCAGAGUUUUCCCUUCUGCGCUGCUCAUCACAUCCCCUCAGCUCCGGAGAUGACUGGAAUACGGAUCGGUCGUGUGCGAACGCUCCCUCCAAGGCACCUGAGAGUCAAGGUUGGAAUAUGGACGAGGAUGACGGAGGAUGCUUCAGUGUGGACACUCUCAGGGACUACGCCAUGAACUACAUGACGGACGGUGCCAGCGACCGCGCGCUCGUCAGGAGCUGCGACCACAACGCGAUGGUCGCGGCGCGCAACAAACGUCCUCAUGAAGCAGCUGCGUGGCAGAUCCUCAAAGUGAUCUUCGUGAGCGAUUUAAGCCUGGAGGAUUCCGUCCCUGAUGCUGGCUUGAGCUUCACCUCUCCAGCCGCCGCUGCUGCCGGAGCUCACGAGAAGCUCGACUCGCGGGCCGGCGAUGCGUACAAAGUUAAAGAUGGCGGCGCUUCAUCGUCCCCGGACAAAGCUUCGUCAUCAAUGCCGGGCCCGCCGCCGCACCGCCGACGUGCUGACGAUGACCGCACCAUCUUCCGGCACGAGGACGAGGACGGCAACAACGACGACAGCGACGAGGAAGACGAGGCCGAGGACCUGCCUGACGAGGGCGUCGCUCACAACUCAGGGUCAUACGGCCUACGGGCACGCGACGUCCGUGGCUCGUAUCUGAGCGACAGCGCCUACUUCGACUCGCUGUCCGCGCCCGUGCCCGACCGUCUGCCCGUGCCCACGGCAUCGUCCCGACGGGCCACCCGUCGUCUCAACGACUUCCAGGAGCUCCGCAGAAAAAUUGUAUUUAAGGACCGACCUCUGAGCUCAAACGAGGAGCUCAUGGAAAUAAAAGACGAGGCUUUUGAGCCUAAGGCUUUAUCUUCGUAUAAAAUUGAGGACCCGAACUUGCUAGGUGAAACUAACCUUGAACUCAACCAUAGGGAUGAUGAAUUCGACCUUCAUGAUCAACACCUGCACAACCACAACCAGGAUGAUGGACUCAUCGGUCAUGAUCAUGACGACCAACACCGCAACAUGGACAGUGGUGGUGACAGCGGCGAGCAGGAGAGUGGCGGGAGUGAUGGAAAAUGCGUACUCGCUGUUACUAUGCCCUUGUCUGUUGAUACAAGCGCCAUUCCUGCCUUACCAGAUAUAGAUUUUUCUGAUACCAUUUUAGAGACGUUAAAGUACAUGGCGUUAAGAGGUGACCUGGCUUCUUGUGUCACUGUCAUAUUGGUGGCAGGAGAACGAGUCAAGAACGUUGUGCCUGAAGACCUGCUGGAGCACUGGUUCCUUAUGUACGUCGAGCUGCUCCAGAGACUCCGGUUAUUUAACCAGGCUUGUGAAGUUAUACAAAAAGCGCCUAAGAGUCUAUCUAGAAUACGUGAAAUGAAUCAGAACUCCACGAAGAUAUCAAUGUUAUGUCCGCACUGCUACCAUCCUGUAGGAAAAAGACAGUUUACAUGCGAGAAAUGCCAUCAGGUUGUGAAUAAAUGUAGUUGGUGUCACGAGUCUGUGCGAGGCUUGUACGUCUAUUGUCAAGGCUGCUGCCAUGGCGGUCAUCUGCAGCAUCUUUACAAUUGGUUUAGAGACAACAAUAACAUCUACAAAAAUCUGGAAGAAGCGCCUCACGAGGUUACCGUCACCUCGGACCAGGAGGAUCCUCAGAACGGCGAGGUGUUCGACAACGCAACUAUGACUCAUAUAUCGUCAAACGUGACCUCUCCUGCCAAGCCCUCCAGCAAUCCCAUCACAUCAUCCACUCCUAGCACCAUCUCCAUGAGGCCGUUUUCAUCAUACUUCAAUGGUUUAGGCAAGCAUGCCUCAACCUUCACUUCGGGUCCAACUUCGAAUUCCUCAAGCUUUUUCACUUCCCCAGUGGCAGCUGCUCCCCCACCUCCUCCACCUCCCCCACCAGCCUUCAACGGUAACCCCUUCAUGGGCAACGUCGUGGGGACCAACGUAUUUGCUUCCCCUCAUCCUAACGGAUAUAACAUCCCGAAUUUCACAAAGAUGGCCAACUUGGUUUGUCCCGCGGGUUGUGGCCACCUCUGUCAGUAUAUGUAAUCCUUCUGCUCGUUGACAACCUUCCUCUGUAGGAUGUUACGCGCACGAAGAGUCUUGGUUACGAGUUCGUAUUAUGGUUACCGUUUAUUCUUAUUCAGCGUUCUGGAAGAAGUCAAUCUUAUUACAGUUCCACGUUCCUAUUGUCAAUGACUGUGCAAGAAGAGACUAAAUUCUGGUCGAAUGCUGAUGUUCUAAUUAUGCCUGGGGAACAAUUUUGCUUUCAAGCAAUUCUGUAAUCCCAGUUCUGAGAGGCACUAUGGGAAAAACAUUGUUUUAUUUACGGCGAGUUGUUUGGUAAAGUUGGGUUUCUGUUUCCGCUUCAGAUUAUUAUGGUUUUUAUGUUCCACCCAUGCUUUUUUUAAUGAUUUUUCAACUUCACCCAAGUUAAAGGUAUACCGAAUCUUGUGCUUCAUUUCGGUCAUGACGUCUUUGACUACGCUAAAGUCACGACAUUGUUCGCUACAUGCCUGGCACUCGAACCCUUACUGACCACCAUGCUACUUCCAUCUCGGAGCCGAUAGAGAUGUCAGGGUCCACCAUCUCGAACCGAUGUGCUGUCAUCUCGAACCGAUGUGCUGUCAUCUCGAACCGAUGUGCAGUCAUCUCGAGCCGACGUGCUGUCAUCUCGAACCGAUGUGCAGUCAUCUCGAGCCGACGUGCUGUCAUCUCGAACCGACGUGCUGUCAUCUCGAACCGACGUGCUGUCAUCUCAGAAAAAUUGUUCGUAAUACUGUGAAUUUUUAGGAAGUAAGUGAACGUGAAAAGAAUCUUGUGAUUUGAUUAUUGCAGUGACUCUUCCAGCAAGCGAAGUCCGUGAAAUAUUCCGUGUUAAUGAGAUUAUUCGUGCUUAAAUCUGUUCUGCAUCUGCAAAUUGAGAAUACAACUUUAUUAGAUCUUUCUUAAAAUACUACCUUCACUGAUAUUGCGUUUUGCUUCCGUACUACAAUAGUUCUACUGAUGAAUAGCUGAGUAUCAUGUAUUCGAUUAAACGCUCUUCACGUCAUUACUUAGUCAGAUGGCAUCCAUACGAGUCGAGUACGAGUGUAUUUCGCGUUGUUCAGCGCGAAAUACCCCCUAAUCAAAUGCGCCCAGUUGAUUUGCCCGACUGCUAGCCCCUUACUACUGUUGCCUUGCAGUCCCGCUGAAUUUGUUCGGUUGUUAUUCGGCGCAUAUUCUAGGUUAUGAAUGCCGUCUAUUAUGACUGCGGUUCUCUCGACGUUCGUGUUGUUAGCUGCAUGAUGAUGCGAUGUGUAGACUGUAGAGGCUUCACAUUAUAGAAAAAAUCUGGGGUGUAGCUGGAUGAGAGGCAAUGGAGUUGGUGUCUUUAGGUCGACAUUUUCCUUUCAGGCGACCACUAAACCCCAUGGAACGAAUUUUGUAUUCAAAAUGAUUUAAAUAAAAUGUCGAAAAAAACCCUAAGUCAACUAUUGAGGUUCUUGAAUCCGUAGAUUGUUGGUUCACAAAUGACUUCACUCGAGGGAUACCAUAUUUGCCAGGACUGAAUGAUACUCUGGUGACGCGCGGUGUUGUUCAUUGCCCUCCAUUACUGAUAUUUCUGCGCAGUGUUUGUUUUUCCAAGGGCAUAUCUUAUACCGAGGGGAUGAUGACUUCUCAUGACGUUUCUCCUGUCCAGAAGUGAUCACCUUCAAAGAUGAUCAUAUGGUGACCUAAUUACAGGUGGUUAAGUAAUGUUCCAGCAGUACUGCUUCAUAUGUGUGUAGGUUAAGCUUAUGUGUCAAGUGUGAACGAUGUUCCAAUCAAGGCUGUGACAAAAUACACUGAAUUCAACUUUU